AUGGAGAGUGUUAAAGUAACAGCUAGUGUUAGAAAGUCAAAGAAAAAACCGGUGAAGGACGGAUCAGAUCGGAUUAAACAGGCUGAGAAGAAAAGAAGGCGUUUGGAGAAGGCUUUGGCUACAUCUGCAGCCAUACGCUCUGAACUGGAGAAAAAAACGCUGAAGAAAAAAGAAGAACAGGAUAGGCUCGAUGAAGAAGGUGCUGCAAUAGCUGAGGCAGUUGCACUGCAAGUCCUACUUGGUGAAGACACGGAUAACUUGGAAAGGGAGUUGGCCUCUUUGGAUCAUGCUAGCGACAUCGGCUUCAUUACAGGGUCAGGACAGCCCCAUGCUUAUUAUCUUUCGAGAAAUCCAUGCAAAACUGAUGGCAUGAUUACCAACAGCAAUCGACAUGGGAGAAUGUCUAAUUUCUGGGGACAUUCAAACGAGCUGGGCUCCAUCAAUAACGUGGGCAGAGGCUUUUACUAUCAAUACUUGGGUAACGUUUGGGGUUCAGUUGGCUUAUCGGCUGGGCAUCUUGCGGCUCAGACAAUUUCAUCUCUUAAAAUAUCUGAAGACUCGCGAGUCGAUGCUUUUGUUGCCAACCAUUUCGUGAGAGGGUAA